AUAAAAGAAGCACAUGCCAAAGUACGGUAGUCCAGUCUCAGUCAAAAAGUAGCCUAAGUAGGACACUGUGAAAUUUUUGUAUUUUAAAAAUGUUCGAAAAGUGUUUUUCAUUGCUGUUUUUCGCAGUCAUUACUCUGGAUGUUUGCGACUAUGUUAGGACAUCAGCCAUUCCAACAUUCACGAGCUGCAGUCUGAAAAACUGUGAUCAGUAUAACAGCGCCUCUGCCUCGGCAUCGACCUGUGCUGGAGAUGGCAUCUCCUGGCAAGUGUUUCCCAAUGAGUGCGAGAUGAUGAACUUCAACUGCAAAUACGGUUACAAUUUCCAAUCAAAGAACUCCAACGAAUGUAAAGAUUGGUCGUCGGCCUCUUCUUCCUCCUCUUCCGAUUCAUCUCUGUCAGUCUCCUCCUCUUCAGACUCUCCCUCCUUCUCUUCCUCUUCCGACUCGUCUUACUCCUCAGCCUCCUUCGACUCGAGCACCGGAUCAUCUCUCUCUGCAUCCUCAUCCUCAUCGGAAAAGAGUUCGGCCUCCAAGGAUGGAGGCUCAGGAUCCUCUUCGUCAUCAUCAACUGAUUCGUCAUUGUCUGUGUCAUCAUCAUCGGACAGCUCCUAUGAAUCAGCCACUGACUCAUCAGCUAGCUCCUCGUCUUCUGACAAAGGACAGUACAAUAAUGGGUUCCUCCCUAACGCAAUCAUCUACAGAAAGUAGAUUUUAUGUGAAAAUUUAGUGUAGGAGAUUCUUAAUAAUGUAUAUAUUUUCUUCUGAACCGCAUACAAACAAUCUACUGAAAGUAGUUUAUGUAGAAAUGUAAUGUAGCCUACAAGAUCCUUAACAUGGGCCUACUAUUUUCUUUUAAACGCCAUUCAAACAAUAUAUACAAAAAGUAGUUUAUGUGAAAAUGUAAUGUAGCCUACAAGAUCCUUAAUAUAGGCCCACUAUUUUAUUUUAAACGCCAUUAAAACAAUAUAUACAGAAAGUAGCUUAUGUGAAAAUUUAAUUUAGAAGGAACUUUGAGACUUUAUUGAAAAAAGAAAGAGAAAAUACAAUAUUACAUAAAUAAAUCAAGUCAAUUUCAGCAUUGAAUGCUCUAAAGGUAGUCCUGUAUUGGGCAUAAUUCUUAAUACUGUAUCUAUUUUCUUCCAAACACCAUACAGAAAAUAGGUCUAUACAAAAACUAGAAUUACUUAUGUAAAAAUGUGGUGUAGACAAAGAUCCUUAUAAUAUAUUGCCUUUUUUCUUUAGGGCUACUUUCAAUAUAAAUAAAAAUAUCAAUCGGAGUACCCUUUUAAAUUAUUGUUAUUAUUUGAGUCUAGAAAAUACUUAAUACUUGAAAAUGGCAUUAGUAGCCGAAACAUGUCGUGAAAAAAUAAUUUAAAAGGGUAGGUACUCAGAUUAAUGGAUUCAUAUUUUUAUCUAUCCUCAAUUAAUUAUAUUCUUUCGAACGCAAUAUAGCCAAUCUACAGAAAGUAGCUUGUAUAGAAUGUAAUGUGAACGAUUAUAAAGUAUAGAAGAUAACUAGUAUCCAUGUAUUAUUUGUAAAGAAAUUGUGUUCAAUUUAGAAAUAUUACAAGGAGACUAGUUAUUUUCUAUGAUUGCACAUUCAAGUAGCCUUAUAUAUUUUAUUACAAGAUUAGAUAUAAUUAUGAAUGUUUUCUUCUAACUCCAUACAUAGACAAUCUACAGAAAGUAGAACCGUAGCUUAUGUGAAAAUGUAGUGUUGAAGAUUCUUAAUAACGGUACCGGUACUGUAUAUUUUCUUCCGAACACCAUAGAUACAGACAAUCUACAAAAAGUAGGAUUGCUUGUGUAGAAAUGUGUAUGUAGAAGAUUGUAAAUAUAUAGUUUGCAAAUUAA